AUGGGGAUAUCCGACUUUGCUGUCGAUCCACGAAGCGGGUUCUGCGCGGAAACGAAGACUUUUCACAGCCUCAGACCUACUGUUCAACUUCCACCGGAGAAUGUUCUUCUCUCGGCCGAUGCAUAUACUUACUCAGUCCGAGCCCCUUCGCCCGGCGAUGACUCACCCGUUAUCAUCAACUCAACCACUGGUCAGCGGCUGUCUUACUCCGAAUUCGUCCGCCGCUCCAAAACCUUGGCAGCCUAUCUCCAAUCGAUAGUCGGGCUAAACAAAGGCGACGCCGCGUAUAUACUCUCUACCAAUCUCAUUCAAGUUCCGGUGCUGUACUUUGCUCUGCUCUCACUCGGGGUAGUCGUCUCUCCGGCCAAUCCAAUCAAUACCAAAGCCGAAGUCGCCCGCCAAACCCAGCUGUGCAGGCCCGUGAUCGCCUUUACCAUCUCAAGCGCUGUUCACAAGAUUCCAAAACUCCGGUACGGAACCAUUGUCAUCGACUCGUUCGAGUUCGAGUUAAUGAUGACGAGUCCGAGACGUGAAAUGGUCGACGUUAAGGUGAGUCAAUCAGAUCUGGCGGGGAUCAUGUACUCGUCGGGGACAACCGGUAAUGUCAAGGGAGUGAUGGUGACUCACCGGAAUUUGAUUGCGAUGACCGGGAGUUACAUGCAACGGAAGGCCAAUUGGCCGGUAGUGCUACUACAGAUAGUGCCGUAUUUCCAUGUGUACGGGUUUCAUUACGUUUUCAAGUGCAUGGCAAAGAAUGAGACAGUGGUGAUUAUGGAAAAGUAUGAUUUGGAGAAAACGAUUGAUGCAGUGGAGAAGUACAAGGUGACGGACUUGGCUGUUGCUCCACCAGUGGUGGUGGCCAUGUCGAAAAAGGCUGUAACGGAGGGCCGCGAUUUGAGUUCUUUGGAAACCGUGGCGUCCGGGGGAGCCCCUCUCGGCAAGGAACUGAUCGAAGCAUUCACAGCCAAGUUCCCCGGCACAGUGAUCAGCCAGGGUUACGGGAUGACUGAAGUAAUUGGAAGAAUCUCCGAAGCAUUGGAUCGCGAAGAAUGUUCCCGCUGGGGCUCAUCAGGAAAGUUUCCUGGAAUUUGGGAAGCCAAAAUUGUUGAUCAGGAAACAGGCGCUUCACUGCCUCCACUCAAGCGGGGGGAGCUUUGGGUGAAAGGACCUUCAAUUAUGAAAGGAUAUGUUAACGACCCAAAGGCAACUUCUGAAACUUUGACACCGGAUGGGUGGCUGAGGACCGGUGACCUUUGUUAUAUUGAUGAGGAUGGCUUCCUCUUUAUAGUAGAUAGACUCAAGGAACUAAUCAAAUACAAAGGAUACCAGGUUGCUCCUGCAGAAUUGGAACACUUGCUUCAAUCCCAUCCCCAGAUAGUUGAUGCUGCAGUGAUACCAUACCCUGAUGACGAAGCUGGUCAAGUGCCAAUGGCGUUUAUAGUCAGACGACCCGAGAGUAAACUAGACGAAGCCCAAGUGAUGGACUUCAUCGCAGAACAGGUUGCACCAUACAAGAAAAUAAGGCGUGUGUCAUUUGUCACUAGCAUACCCAAGAAUGCAUCGGGGAAAAUAUUGAGGAAAGAGUUGAAGAAGAUCAGCCUCCCAGAAUCUUUCCCCAAGUUGUGAUCCUUC